CGGAGCCGAGCCGAGCCGGGGCUGCUGCGGCUGGCGCAGGCGGCUCGAGCCGAGCGUGUUCCCCUCAGCCAAUCCCCGACGGAGCCGGGAGCGGGGCAGCUCGGCCCCUUCCCCGCCCUCCUCAGCCCGGAGAGCAGCGACCCCCGGCCGCACAGGGAGCCGAGCUGACGGAGAUGCCGCCUGCUCCCGCGGGGCGGCUGCUGCUGCGGCGCUAGAGCCGGGAGCAUCCCCCCGCCCAUGGCGGUGCCGAACGGGUCCGUCCCCGGCGCGGAGCCCGGGGACCCCAAGAAGAGCGAGAGCCCGCCCGCCCCCUCCGGCAAGAAGGAGCUGAAGAUCGUGAUCGUGGGGGAUGGAGGCUGCGGGAAAACGUCUCUGCUCAUGGUGUACGCCAAGGGAGCCUUCCCGGAGAAAUAUGCACCUUCUGUAUUUGAGAAGUAUACCACCAGUAUUACCGUUGGCAAUAAAGAAGUAAUUCUGAAUUUGUAUGACACUGCAGGGCAGGAGGAUUAUGAUCGGCUACGACCACUUUCAUACCAGAAUACAAACAUGGUCUUAAUUUGUUAUGAUGUUAUGAACCCUACUAGCUAUGAUAACGUUUUAAUUAAGUGGUAUCCUGAAGUAAGUCACUUCUGCCGAGGAGUCCCUCUAAUACUUAUCGGCUGCAAAACAGACCUUCGAAAGGACAAAGAACAUUUACGUAAGCUCAUGUCUUCUGAGCAGGAACCAAUCACAUAUAACCAGGUAAAGAGGAUUGCAUUUAAGAGUUCUGUCCUUUGCACGAGCAAUAGGUACAUUUCCUAUAAUAUGGUAUUAUUACUCAUGAAUAGUAAGCACUGCCAUGAAAAUCUUGACACAGAAAGGAGCAUCUCACCUCAAAGGUUACUGUUGCUUAUUGAUGCAAAAUUUACCAUUCAAGCACCACUUUACAAACAUUAACCAAGCCUCACAACACCCAUGUUAUGUAGGCAAGUAUCUCUAUCCCCACUUUACAGAUGGGGAUGAUUAGUCAGUGGUGGAGUGACUUAUUUCUUGUUGCACAGGAAGCAUCUACAGAAAUGAAACUAGAACCUAGGUCUGCUGCUUCCCUGUUCUUUCCUGUAACGACUGUCAUCCCUCCUGCUACAGGUCACGAAGACAGCAGCAAAAUUUGAGUAUUCUGUAUACAAGUUUGGGCAACAGCUUGAGGUGUACCAAAAUUUUGCAAUAUUAAAAAAGGAACUAUUGCUGCAUCGGUGUCAGAAAUUACAGUGUUCUUUCCAGUCAGUCAGAAACAAAAAUGUUUAUCAUCUUGUGAAAUUCUGCAUACUGCCUCCAUUGCACUUAGCGACUCUCUUCACCAAUGUCAGGCAUAUAAUAUUUUAUUUACUUCAGCGCAGGUGCUGCCAGGAGCCUUGAUACUGUUAUUCCCACAAGAAAGUGUAGACAUUUAUGAAAGCUCCUUUCUAAGAAAAUCUAUCAGCAUGGCUUAAAAGGACUGAGUGCGGGUCUGCACUCCAGGGAGAUCAACGCUCCUGCAAUCGAUGCAGCAGGGGUCGAUUUUAGCAGGAUACAGAGUGCUCUCCGGUUGACCUGGUACUCCAGCUUCCCAAGAAGAUUAAAAUAAGUCGAUGGGAGAGCGCCUCCCGUCAAUGCAACGCAGCGACGACACCGGGAUAAAUCGACCUAAGCUAUAUCGACUCCAGCUAGAUUAUUCACGUAGCUGGCGUAGUGUAACUUAGGUCAACUUAUCCUGGUAGUGAAGACAAGCCCCUAGUUUACAAACUUUUCAGACCCUUUACAACAAUGUGGCAAACUAAAACUUUCCUACGAGGGAGAUCUUCUUUCAGCUCAAGAUACGGAACUGCUGCUUUGGUCCCUAAAUACCCUGGCUUCAGUCCCAGCUUUGAGUGGAUUCUUCAGACUCCUCUGACAUAUAGAUACAGUAUACAUUUCCAGAUAGAGGUCAAUCACCAAAUGGAUAACAGGCAUAUACCAGCAGUUUGUAUUGUAGAAACAUAAAUAAUAUACAGAAUUCUUAUGGCUAUCGGUUAGUAAGAAGCUUCUUUUGGGGGCAGUGUGCUUCAGGAUUUCUUGUCUCUUAUGCUCCAUUUCCUCCUCAUUGAGUACCCUACCUAAAACUGACCCAUCCUUCUGGUUGAGUCGUCUUCUGAAACUCAUCCACUCUGUUCCUGGCUCAAGCAGAAGGGGCCACUCAUGCAACACAAGAUAUUUCUAAUGCUAAGAACUGAGUUUGGGAUUCAAACACUGAUCCCUCCACCUCUGGAGCCUGCUGACAUCUGAAAGUGGAGAAAUUUUAUGUAAAAUUGCGCUUGGGUCAAUUUGAUUGUACUGUAGGCCCAAUUUUCAAAUAUGGGUCCUGACAGACUGGAUACACACCUUAUUGCUAAUUUGAGCAUUCAAGUUUGGGUUUUGGAGGUUCUGUUUAGAGCCUAAACUUUUAAAAAGUUGGGCUUUAACACACAACAAAGUAGGCAACCAAGAAAUCUCCACUGCAUUGCACUUCCAAACUGGCUUUUAGAUUAAUCUUUUAAAAAAAUCAAUAAAGUUGUUCUAUAAAUGGAGCCUAUUAAUUUAUCAUUAUUAAAUAUGUGUUUUACAGUAGUGCUUAGGACUACUACUACUUAUUCUUUAACUCUACAAACAAAAGCAUCUGCCUUCUUUUGCCUGACCCUAUUGUAUAAAGAUAUCUUCAGAAUUAUUCACUUCUUCCCUCUGUAACUC